GAGCGCCACCUGGGAAGGUUACUCAUGUCAUUGACAGCAAGUGUGCAAGUCAAGUGUGUUUUUCACCUGUAAAAUGAGAGUGCCGAACAAUAUAACAAGACUGUUUACUUAAUCAGGUCAUGUAUACGCGACUAAAGCUUGUGUGUAGUGGCUGUGAGUUUAAAUGGUCAAAGAUCAGUAGGCCUACAUUGUCAAGGUGUCAGAAAACGCGAGUGUGGUGCUAUGAUAUCAAGAACAUUGGACAAAUUUCAACGCGAGGGACAUUGAAUAUCGGUCAAAUUCGAUGGUACACACUCAGAAGUUUCCGUGGCCCUGAUCCAGUGAAGUUUCCACGACUGACCCCACAGCAUGUCACAGCGAUAUUACAAGCCAAUGAAACGUCCGUGGAAGAAACAUACGGACCUGUCAAAGGAUUUGAGACAAACCAACUACAGUCAAAUAACCCCAUAGAAGACCGUCGCGGUGAAGCAAGGUUAUUGACGAGCCAUAGUAAGUGGGGGGUUGGCGGCCGGUAUUUGUUUGGCAUGUUUGAUGGCCAUGCAGGUAAUUCUUGUGCUCAAUCUGUCCGUGAACGUCUAUUUCACUACAUAGCGGUGACUUUAUCUUCACCUGAAAUUCUGCAUCAAAUCAAGGAUGAUAAGAUGAAUUUGGAUGAAGAACUUAUGCAUCAGUAUAGGAGUGGUUUGGACUAUUACAAUGAAAAUCUAGGAGCUGUUCAACAGAGAAGUCUGGCAAAGUUUGCAAGUGAAACCCUAGCAGUACACGGAGAAGAAGACACGCUUGUAGACAAUUUGACAAAUGCUUUUGUCAGGUUAGAUCAAGAUAUUUGUACAGAAGCUUUACCCGAACAAAACUCUAAUUUGAACUUUCACUGUCUGCAAUCAGCCUUCUCUGGUGCUGUGGGUUGUGUGGCUUUUGUGGAUGGACUAGAUUUGUAUAUAGCCAAUGCUGGUGACGCUCAGGCAGUGCUUGGUGUUAAUACUCAUGGAGACGAGUGGGAGGCAGUUGCUCUCAGCAAUUUACACAAUGCUGAUAAUGAAUCGGAAGUGAACCGUUUGUUCAGACAUCACCCGAAUGAAUCAGGAAAUAUUUUAAAGAAUGGGCGUUUGUUUGGUGACUUAGCGCCACUGCGUGCAUUUGGCGAUGUUCGAUACAAGUGGGCUUCUAAAGAUCUGAAACAUAUAGCAAAUACGGUACGGUCACCACAGUCUGCCAUCAGUAUCUAUGGCAACCGACUCAUUCCGAGGAAUUACCACACCCCACCAUAUCUGACUGCUGAACCGGAAAUAAUCCACCAUCGUCUUACACCCAGAGACAAAUUUCUUGUGCUAGCCUCAGACGGGCUGUGGGACACGUUAUCACCCGAGAAGGUCGUUCAACUCGUUGCAGGGCACUUGGAUGGUCGGCAGGUAUGGGUCAACUUCCAUCCCCCUCAGGGCACGACCUUGAAAGAUAUCAAUGAGAUGCUCAAACGACGGAAAUCCAGUCUUGCCAAUAUCACUGUGGAUGCAAAUGUUGCUACACAUUUGAUUCGGAACUCCUUGGGCCCCGAUCAUGGACAACUUUCUGCACAGCUAACCCUUCCGGACAGUAUUGUGAGAUUCUACAGAGAUGAUAUUUCUGUAACUGUGAUUUACUUCGAUACCGACUACAUCAUUGAUAAGGCUUCUGUGUGAUUGCUGUGCUGGGAAACUUGUUAACUGUUGUUGAACCUUUUGUUAUUGCUGUGGAAAGACUUUGAACUGAAACCUCUGUUGUUAGUUGUUUACUGCAUAAUAGGAUUAUGAUGAUAGUUGUCGAGACAAAUUUCUUCACAGUAUAGGCCUGAUAGUGCUAUUCCAUAUCAUACCCUCAUCACAAAGGAUAUACAACGAUUAGACUAAUCAAUGAAUACCACUGUUAGCAUGGCAAGGCCACAAUAUAUGAAUUAUUAGAUUUAGGUUUAUAAAAACAUUGUGGCCAGAAGUAUUUUAGUGAUAUUUUACUUAUUUAAACAAACUGGUCAUGGCUUCUGUGUACCAUGGUGUACAAUAACAGUUGAUGGAUGUGAUUUACCUGAUGCAGUUAUCUUUGUUUUAAUACCUAUGUUGUAUUUCAUCAAACAAAGAAAGAAAUCCAACAAAUGAUUAUUUUCUUCAUCCGUAGCUACAUGGGGACAAUAACAAAAUGCGGGACUGGGUGUUCAAUAGUGAGGCAGGUGGGGUGGAAAAUGUAACGAUUAAUUUAUUGUGGCCUUAGUGUCAACACUCAACAGUGUCAUUCAAAUACAGGAAGCCAUCAUGGUCAGUUCCAUGGGAAAAUCACACAACAUUUACAUCUAGUCCCUUAUCAUAGGAAUUUUCACAUCUUUGUAUCACAGAUGUUCUGGGGUCAUGGUUGCUCAGUUUUGAAGGUGCUGCAUUUCGCUGUGCUGAGUUGUAUCCCUUAGGCGUUCCAGAAACCUAUGAUCAUGGUUUGAAGCACACUUCUUCACCCAGAUUGCAUCUAGACGUGUCUGCACCGUACACGUGGGUUUCACGAAAGCGAUAAAAAUCUGAGACCCACAUCACUUUCAGCUUUCCUCCAUCAGGCUUACAUGCCGUGAUAUUACUAAAACACUGUUCAAAGCAACAGUCCCAUCUCACUCACUCAAACAAAUAUUCUAGCAGUUCAUUUUGUUAAGUUGCUGAAAAUAAAAAUACUUACGAUUUGUUUUGUUUCCACUGGACUGCUGGACCACCUUGAUUAUGAUGUGAUCCUGAUUUGGUUCGUGGCAAUGUAUUUAUCAAACCCUGCACCCUAAUGAUGAAAUGAUGCACCAGUUACCCACAGUAUUAAUCUCAAUGAUAUGAUACACAACACGCUGUGUAUAGAUACAUGUGUUAUAUACCUUACAUGAAUUAAUGCUUCAAUGAAGAUUCUCUCGAUCUCAUUAAAAUCAGAUCUUUGUACUUGCUACUGCUAAGCAAAGAUCUGAGGACAAACUGUUAUGGAUCUUGUCAGAAUGACCUUUCAUCCAACUAAUAAGAGUAUCACUUACCAAAUCGGGAGAGUGCUGCUUGGAAUGUGUUUUCUAGUCAUUCCAAAUGAUAGUUACUGUCUUUACGACUGAUUCCGUCAAAAUCAUCAUCUAUCUCUCGCUUCAGUGGGAUAAAAAAAUUAAAAGGAAGAGACUUUCCACAGCAUGUGGGAGGUACGGUCGUACAAUUAUGGCAACCUGUUAGACAUUCUGGAAUAUUCUACUCUUCAGUAUUGUUCAAAGCAUAUAGUUGAAACUGGUGCUGCAAAGAUCAAGAAAGCUGCUUUCUGAUUGGCUAAUCAUGGCUAAUGUCGACCUCUUGUUAGUCUUUUCAUUGGGGACAUGAUGGGAUGUCCUCAGAUCUUUGUUUAGUGAUAGCGAGAACUAAGAUCUGAUUUUAAUGAGAUUGGGAUUGUAUAUAAGUAAAAUGGGUAAGGUCAAGAAAGAAAUACCUGCAUUUCUGGUAACAUGUACCCAAUAGAUUUGGGUCGUUAGGAAUUAAUAUACGAAUUUGAUAAUGCUGAACACAAAUGUAUUGUUUAAGUGAGAUGAUAGCUUAAUUUUAUUUUAGUUUGAAGGUCAAAAUAGCUACAGCAACAAUAAUAGGCAAAAAAACACAAUUUUUUCUCAAUAUAUAAAUAUGUGUUUCUUCGUUUCUGUUUUCAGCAAUAUAAAAAAUAUUUGGGUGGCACGUGAAACAGUGGGUCUGUUGUUUUAACGGAAGCACAAGAAAUGUUUGUGGCCUAAUGAUCUGCAGUUGGGCUUGAUUAUAUUAAUCGACCGCCUCCAUGGUCUAGUGGUAGUGCUUGCCUCCCUGGAGAGUGGAAGGUCCGGGGUUCGAUCCCCAGAUGCGUAAAAAAAUGGUACUUGUUGUUACCCUGUCUGGCGCUCAGCAUCAGGGGUUAAAACAAGGACUGGUCCUCUCAGAGUCAGUAUACUGUGACUGAGUGGGGUAUUCAUGUUAAACCGUGGCAUGGAAUCUUGGUGGGCUAGCACUAUUAACAUGAUUAAAUCACGAUACGAUAUGAGUACAAUGAUCUUAUUUCACCUCAUCUUAUUAUAUUAUUCAAGGUCAAUUCAAUCUCAUAUAAUGGCUUAGUCUAAACAUGCAUUAAUAAUAUGUCCAUUCGAUGUGUCAGUUCUUUGAAAAUAUUCAGCUUUUGUUUCCUGUGAUUUGUGCAUUGUGAACAGUUUUGCAGUAUAUAGUAUAUUGUGUCGUGACAUCAGGGUAUCGUACUGCGCAUAGUCCUUAUCUACUAUCAUUAUUUUCAGGGGAACCUCCAGUAGACCUGUAAGAGUUAAGUUUGGAUGUAUUGUGAUGCUUUGAGUGUUAUAAUCAGAUGAAUUAUUGAAAGUAAAUACCUUUUUCUCAGAA